GACCGAUUCUCACCAUCAGCAAACAAAAUACGCUCACGAAUACGCUCGGAAACUUAUAUACGCGCUGACUCACAUUAAUCCAGCUCCUCCCCAAAUCUCAUUCCACCGUUCACCUUACCUUUAUUCUCUCAUCUUCGACGCCAACUGUUCAAGUUGAUUGCCAACAUGACCGCCACCGAGGCUCCCGGUGCUCACAGCAAGGGCAAAGUGCUGUUAACUGGCGGAACCGGCUUCGUGGCGUCGCACGUUCUGGACUGUCUCUUAGACCAUGGCUUUGAGGUCGUGGUGACGGCGCGGUCGGAGGAAAAGGGGCAACGAAUCAUCCAGUCGAUCGAUACCCCGCUAAAGAAGAACGUUUCGUACGUCGUGGUUGGAAACGUCGCAGAUGAGGGCGCAUUUGAUGAGGCUGUCAAAUCCAACCCGCCAUUCGACUAUGUUGUGCACACAGCAUCGCCGUACCAGUUCACCUGGAAUGACCCGGUGAAGGAGUGCCUCGACCCUGCCAUCAAGGGCACCACGGGGAUCCUCAAGUCGAUCAAGGCGUUCGCGCCCAGCGUCAAGCGGGUCGUCAUCACGUCCUCGUCGGCAGCCAUCCUGAGCCCGCCCAACCACCCGACCAAAGUGUACAACGAGUCCUUCUGGUGCGACUUGACGUGGGAGCAAGCUUUGAACCCCGUGCACACGUACCGAGCAAGCAAGGGGUCCCCACAUCAGAAAUUCGCCGAAAAAGCCGCCUGGUCCUUCGUAGAAACCGAAAAGCCCAACUUCGACCUGGCCACGAUCAACAACACAUACACGUUCGGCCCAAUCCCGCGCAGCCUGGACAGCCUCAGUUCCGAGUCCAUCAACGCAUCCAACAAGCGGAUCUACGACCUUGUGGCGGGCAACAUGCGCGAGGGCAUCGAGCCGACGCAGCCCGUCUUCACCUUUGUCGACGUGCGGGACGUGGCACUGGCCCACGUGCGCGCCAUGACGGUGCCCGGGGCUGGCGGCAAGAGGUUCUACGUCGUGGGCGGCUUCUUUUCGAAUCCCAGGCUGGCGGCCAUCAUCAGAGACAGGUUCCCCCAGCUCGAGGACAGGCUGCCGCCGGCCGACACGCCUGAUGACUUUCCCGAUGACCACUUUGAGUGUGAUGUGAGCCGGUCAAGGGAGGUGCUUGGGCUGGAAUACACUAGCUUGGAGAAGAGUGUGGCUGAUACGGUUGAGUCGAUUUUGAGGUUUGAGGGGCGAUAA